CGCGCACUUUGUCCUCAACCAACAACUGGUUUGUUUUGCGCAUCAAUCCAUUCUGCUACAUCAUGGGCAAAACCGUGUCCAAGUUAUCAAAAGAUGACUUGAAGGCCUUAAGGCUGGCCACAUACUUUGACAAAAGAGAGUUGCAGCAGUGGUACAAGGGAUUCAUAAGAGAUUGCCCAUCAGGACAGCUAUCAGAAGAAGAGUUCAUUAAAGUGUUCAAACAGUUCUUCCCCUUUGGAGAUCCACUCGAUUACUGUCACUAUCUCUUCAAGGUGUUUGAUGUUGACAAGUCCAAUUACAUCGACUUCAAGGAAUUUAUUGUGGCCCUUUCAGUGACGUCUAGAGGUUCAAUGGAUCAAAAGAUAAAUUGGAGUUUCCGGCUAUAUGACCACAAUAAAACUGGUAAGUUGACCUAUGACGACAUUUUGAUAAUAGUCAACGCCGUGUACAAGAUGAUCGGUUCGAUGGUGGCACUCCCACCCGAUGAAAAGACCCCGGAACUCAGGACCCAGAAAUUCUUCCGAUUGCUAAAUAAAGACUACAAAUCUGACACCAUCACGUUGGAGGGAUUCAAGCAGUUGGCCAAGUUGGAUCCAGCCAUCAUGAACUCCAUCAGCUCGUUUGAUGGUCUCGUAUAAUAACUUAUUCAUUUCUCCUAGAGAAUUAUAAUUUUGCAUUUGGGUACGGUAUUUGUGUUCAUUUAUACAAUUAUAUAAUGUACAUAUUCUUUUUCUUUUCAAUACAACUGGAUUGAAAAGCUAUUAAUUUUGGCUUUCCACCGCUUCUAACAAUCCAUCCAAGAGUUCAUCCACUUCGUUAAGAUCGACUCCCGUACAGAAACUCACAACUUUUUUGAACUUGGACGUCAAAAUGUCGUAGUUGCUCAAAGCCUUCAACUCACUCUCGAUGCUGGCAUUUAACUGCUUGUAAGAGUUGAUUCGGGCCUUAAGGAUCAGCGAGUCGGGAAGACUUUCAAGAAGGGUUUCGUCAUUCUUGAGAUCUUCAACUGGUUUUUGGUUGACAAGCUGGUUGUAUAUGGGUUCGAUUCGGAAAGGGUAAUCUGCAUCGAACGUUUCCUCGUUUUCAAGGGAAUCUUCGUUAUUGUCAUUUCCGUUAUUACUCUGCUCAUCUUUGGGUAGCUCCUGUUUCAAGAUUUCUAAUCUCUCGGUGAUG